AGCAAUACUCACAAGAGUGGAGCUGGUUCGCCACCUGUAAUUCGAUGAAGAGCUUCAUCUAUAAGGAGCACCCCUACAGGAUCAAGGCCAUAGCUGUCUCGAACGUCUGCAUCGGGUUCUUCGAUCAGCUUCUCAAGGAUUUCACCAUUGUCCUGCUACUGACCGGGUCAGCCCGACCCAUGCGCACGUCUCUCCAUCGUGUGAACGCGUCCACUGACAUAUUAAUCAUGUGAACCCUAUGUGCAGGGAGAACUCGUUCAGUGCUGCCACUCGAAGGGCGUCGUACU